AAUUGGAUUUUAAAAUAAAAAAUGUAAAUUAAGGAAAUUUAAAUAACAUUAAAUUAACAUAAUUAAAAAUCAUUUUAAAAUAUUCAAAAUUAAAGAACAAUGUAUUCACAUAUUUCGCAUAUUGACAAUAUGUGAUAGUUAAUCAUUUACUGCAAAAAACUUUGAAUUGAUUUUUUUAAUUCUAAUUAAAUUAACUUCGUUUCCAUAUAGAUUUUAUUCAAUAGAAUUUUAUAAUUUUUUUUAAGAAAUUUUCUAAGCAUAUUUUUGUAAAAUAUCGAAACAAAAAACAGUAAAAUAUGAAGAAUGAAUAUAUUGUUAAAAUUUUUAUUCUAAUUAAAUUAAUGACUAUCGCUAUACUGCCUGCUAUUCAGAGUGCAAACAUUUUAGCUAUACUACCAAGCGUAUGGAGAUCACAUUACAUUUUUGGCUCAGCAAUAUUAGAAAAGUUAUCAUCGAAUGGACACAAUAUAACUUUAAUUACCAGCCUAAAUAAUAUAGAGCUACAUCCAAUAAAAAAGAAUUAUUUCAACAAGGAAAUUAUUGUACCCCAUAUUAGUCAAAAUUGGAUAGAUUCUGGCUUGAGCUUUAAUUUUGAAAAUAUCAAAAAACUUUCUAUUUUAGAAUACUUUACAAGAAUGGUUUAUGCAUCAACGUCAAACAUUGAUAUAAUAUUAAAAAAUAAAGAAAUUAAAGAACUAAUCACGAAUUCUGAGAAUAAAUUUGAUGUAAUAAUUGGUGACAUAUUUUUAGGAGAUGCUUAUCUGGGUUUUACUUAUCGAUUCCAGUGUCCAUUAGUCAUCAUCAGUCCCACUGGAAAUAAUAGAUGGAUUGAUGAAAUGAUUGGAAAUCCUAUUACAGCAGCCCGUAAUCCAAGUAAUUUUUUACCUUUAACAGAAGAAAUGAACUUUUUCGAACGCACUCAAAAUACUUUGAUGAGCAUAUUUGAGAAAUUUUCAUAUAAUUUUUUCCAUAUAAUGUAUCAAGAAAAAAUUUACCAGAAAUGCUUUAAAGAUAAAGAAAAAAAAAUUCCUGCACUUAAAACUUUAAUUGAUAAUAUCGAUUUAGUAUUGCUAAAUUCUAAUCCAGUCACUCAACAACCAAAUGCAUUUCUGCCACAUGUGAAAGAAGUAGGAGGGGCUCACAUCAAUCAUUAUCAAGGAAAAGAAAUAAGACUUCCAAAUGAUGUUUUGAACUUUAUUGAAGAAUCUUUUAAUGAUGUAAUUUAUAUAAAUAUUGGAGGAAAUUCUAAUACUAGUGAAUUGCCUGAAGAAAAAUUUAAAGAAUUGUUAAAACUAAUUAAUGAACUUGAAAAAAUGAAUUUAAGAAUAAUUCUACGUUGGGAAAAUUUUAAAACAUCUAUUAAGUCGAAUAAUUUAUACGUUAAGUAUUGGUUGCCACAACAAGAAAUUUUAGCUCAUUCUAAAGUAAAAUUAUUUAUAACAACUGGUGGUUCAAUGAGUAUUAUGGAGGCAGUUUUUUAUGAAAAAUUAAUUAUUUGCAUUCCAAUUUUACCUCAACAUGAAGUUAAUAUAAAACGAAUAAAGAGUCAAGGCUAUGGUGCAAUAAUAGAAAAUUAUGAACAUUUAAAUGCUGCUAGUAUACUUAGUAAAAUUAAAAAUUUAAUUAAUAAUGAAACUUAUUAUGAAAAUAACAAGAAAAUUUCACAAAAAUUCAAAAAUGUUCCAAAUAAUCCAAUGAACUUAAGUACUUAUUUAAUUGAAUUACUUAUAAAAGAAAAACGAUUUGAUUAUUUAAAAUCGUCAUAUUAUAUUCAAAUGAAUUUUAUACAAAAAGAACUUAUUGAUGUCAUGUUAAUUAUAUUAUUAGGAACUAUAGUCAUCAUUGGCUUGCCUUCUAUUGUGAUAUGUUUUUUAUUACGUAAAAACAAUAUGAAUUCGAACAAUAAUACUAUGUAUAAAAAAUUAUCAAGUGCUAGUUUCGAUACAAGUGCCAGUACAUUUUUAAGGAAAUUAAUGAAAUCUAAAAAUAUAGAUAUUAAAAAUAAGCAUAAACAUAAGAGAAAUUAAAUUGUUUGAUUUUUUUUUUAUUGUAUAUUUUUGUUUUGAUUUAUGAUUGUAUAAUUUUUUUUACAUUAUAUGUCACAUAGUUUAUAAGAAAACUUGUUAAUACUGUUGGUAUUUUACGUACCUAUAACAUAAAUGGUUCAAGAAAUAAAGUUU